AUGGUCACUAUUCAGAUGAAUGAUACCCCCGAGAGUGCUCCGAGUACUCCUAUACAGAGGAUUGUCGUUGGAACGGAGGGAAACAGUUGGAUUUGGUCUCCUGAUAGCUGGGACUUAACGCACCCCGCCGACCCACGGGCGAACUUGCUAGAAAAUGGAGUCCGUCUCGAUUGUGAAAUCAUGAAUGUCAAAAUAGACCCAACCAAGACCGCUUUGGUAAUCAUCGACAUGCAGAACAUUGGUAUGAACAAGGCACUCAAUCCGCCCUCUGCUCCCCCCAUGUAUAAGGCCGAAGAUGCGAUCAUUCAAUACGCUAUACCGGCCGCCCGAGAGCUUGGCCUCCAAAUCAUCUGGCUCAACUGGGGUCUCACCGAGGAUGAUCUGGCCAGUAUACCCCCGGCUGAAGUCCGCGUAUUUGCCUUGGAGCCUAACACAGAAAAAGUCGACUAUGGUCUUGGAGACCGGCUUGGCGAUCCAGACGAUCCGGCAAACUUCCUUAAAUUCGGCGAGAGGCCAAAUUUGAGUAAAAUGCCAGGCACUGAGAUUGGGGAAGUUGUUCUAGAGGAUGGUAGUCGGGUCAACGCUGGCCGAGUGAUGAUGAGGGGAACUUGGAAUGCCGCUCUGCAUGGGCCAUUGGCCAAGGCGUACGAGGAUGGAACGACAGCGCCUCGCCCAGACGUUUGGAUACACCAGAAUCGCAACUCUGGCCUUUGGAACGAGAGCACUGCCUUGAGCCAAUAUUUGAAGACAGAGGGAAUCCGCACCCUCUUGUUUUCGGGUGUUAAUACUGAUCAGUGUGUCGGCUCUACUCUGCAAGACGCUCAUGCUCAAGGCUAUGACACCAUCUUUCUAAAGGAUGGAUGCCGAACAGAUAGCCCUCCAUACGCAAAAGCGUCUUACGAGUUCAAUUGUGCCCGAUCCUGGGGGUUCUUAACGAGCUGCAGGGCCCUUGCGAAAGCCGCAGGGCUCAAAUACUGA